AUGGCAUUUGGCUGGUCAGAAAUCCGCUCUCUCCUUCUCGUCUUCGGCCCGAUCCUUCUUCCCAAGGCAAUCGCAGCGUACAAAUCCAUCCGCAAUGCCUCCCAACACAGCGGCGAACCGAUCCCCCCUCCGCCCCGCAUAGCUCGCGCCCUCGCCAUCCUCGCCAUCAUCGUAAUCGUUUACCUCGUUAAGACUCUCCCGCCCCUGGCCCCGGAGAACCUCUUCACCCUCACCCAGUCCCGCCUUCAGAUCCCCGUCGACGUCCUCUUCAACCGCCUAUCCUCCCUCCGCCCUGAAUCCGCACUCACCGCGGCCGACGAGCGCCUCCGCGCCCGCUUCGUCAACCUCGAGUCCCGCCUCCUCUACCUCCAGCUCGGCCCCGCCGCCCUCGCAGACUGCCCCUUUUGCAAGUCCGAGGACCCCAAAUCCUACUUUUACUACGCACUUCCCGCCAUCAUCCUCCCCCAUCUCGUCAACCUCAUCGCGCUCGCCGCCGUCACCUCCUCCACCUUCACCGGCCGCGAUGGUGCCCGCUGGCGCUCCCACGCCACAAUGGCUGCCGCCGCCCUCGCCGCAGCAGAUGCCGUCCUCGUAGGCCAGUACGACUACUCCGCCAACGCAACCGCCCUACGCCUCCAAGACAUGGACUUCUUCUACUGGCGCGCCCGCGCGCUGCGCUACAUUGCCCUCGCGGCCCUCGACGUCGGCAUCGGCGCUCUCCUGUUCCUCUCCGGCACCCGCCGCGCUUUCGUUCUGCCGCCGUCGGAAGCGGAGCGCAUCGAGGCGAGCAAUCGCGCCCUGACGACGGUCAAGAGCAAGCUGAAUGCGCUGGGCAUUGUCAAGAACACGUCGAUGCGCGACGAGGAGCUGCGGGCGCGGAGCCAGGCGUAUUGGUUGCGCGAGGGCCAGAUGGUGCGCGAGGCCAUGGAGGAGAGAGAGGUUGUCGAGAGCGUCAACGACGCGCUGGAGAAUAGGAUUAAUAUACAGCAGGUCACGAGCGAUGCUGAGAAUUAUACCGAGGGGGUGUUUCGACAGCCUGAAGGCACUGCGCAAUGA